AUGGAACAUACUACCCAAAUAUUGUUUCAUGACCAGCGACAACCGAAAUGGGAAGGCAAGGCUACUGCAGAGCUACGAGGUCCAAAAGCAGAACAAGUGUGGCCUUUGCUGGAGGACUUCUUCGGCCUACACAAGUGGUUCCCAACCCUCCCCACUUGCCUUCCUGUGCAAGGCGUAUCCGGGCAGCCAGGCUGCGUGCGCUACUGCGCCGGAAUUAAGACUCCGGUUGAUCGCGAAAGCGACGGGCUAGAGCAUGUGAACUGGUCUAAGCAGCAGCUACUGUCCAUAGACCCAAGCCAGCUGACCUAUAGCUAUUCCAUUAUAGAUGGGAAUAUUGGGUUCAACUCGUACAUUGCAACCAUACGAGUGUUGCCCAAGGAAGAUGGGUGCAGCAUUGAGUGGAAGUAUGAGGUUGAGCCAAUUGAGGGGUGGACACUGAUGAAUCUUGACAUGCUUAUCGGCCCUGGUUUGCAACUUAUGGCGAGAAAAAUGGAAGCUAGCCUUGGUCAGUAUAAAGUUUGA